ACUUGAGAUUAAGAGAUACGGAGCUUGUUGCUAAGUGGUGAAGUGGCACUUGAGAUAAUUAAAGGUAUAAGUUCGAUCCAAAAAAAUAGAUCACAUAUAGUCGACAAGAAGAUAAAAAAUGAAGUGGUUUGGAACUCUAUUUAUUGCCGUCGCUGUCGUGACCGUCGUCUCGGCCCAAGACCUCACACCAAUGCCUGGCGGUAAGAGUGGAGACGGUGUGACCACCAGAUACUGGGAUUGCUGUGCUCCAUCUUGUGCUUGGGAUCAAAUAAUCAAGACAAAAAACGGAAUUCCAGUUCAAACUUGUCAAGCCGAUGGUGUAACUCCAAGCACAAAAGAAAAUAACGGACAUUCAGGAUGUGAAGUAGGAGGAAAUGCCUACACCUGCGUCAAUCAAUCUCCCAAGACCAUUAACGAUACCCUUUCUUACGUGUUUGUUGCAGCUUCGUUCGAGGGUGGUGCUGACUACGACGAUUGUUGUAUCUGUUUAGUUAUGGACUUUAAAGGAGAAUUAGCAGGAAAACGUAUGUUAGCUCAGGUAACAAAUACUGGAGCAGAACUUAACCAAAAUCACUUCGAUAUCCUCAUUCCUGGAGGUGGUGUAGGUUACUUUACCCUUGGUUGUCAGACACAAUUUAACGCACCUGAAAACGGUUGGGGUGAGAGAUACGGUGGUGUACAGACUAUCGAAGGAUGUAACGAUCUUCCUGAAUUGUUACAAGAAGGAUGUAGAUGGAGAUUUAAUUGGAUGAAUGGAGUUUCCAAUCCUGACGUAUCAUUCUAUCAAAUCAAAUGUCCAGAUUAUUUCGUAGGUGUUAGUAAAUGUGGAGAUCUUUAAUAGAAUAAAUUUUUAUUGAUUUA